ACAACCUUGCGCUGGUGGCAGAGCAGCAGUAUUUAACCAACUGCAAGAACAAGAAAUUUGCAACAUGGUCAUAGCCAACAAUUCCAUCAGGCUAAGAGAGAUCCAAAGUGCAAUCAUAAAUGACAAUAAUGUCUUUGCAAAUAUAAAUUCUGUCAGCAUUUCCACCAUAGACAGAGUUUUAAAAAGACAUCAGAUGACUAUGAAACAGCUCUAUAAGGUGCCAUUUGAGAGGAACAGUGAAAGAGUCAAGGCGUUGCGGUACCAGUAUGUCCAGAGAAUCAUGGAGUUAGAAGUACAUGAAACGACCCACAUUCUUGUUUUUGUGGACGAGGCUGGGUUUAAUCUGUCCAAAGGCCGGAGACGUGGUCGCAAUCUCAUUGGACACCGAGCCACAAUUGACACACCAGGCCAACGUGGGGCCAAUAUUACAAUGUGUGCUGCCAUUUCAGAGAACGGUGUGAGCACACAUAUUCCACACAUUGGGCCCUAUAGUACCCAACUUCUCCUGGCCUUCCUAAAUGCACUUUACAGAGACCUGAUUCCAGAACAAGAAAGAGGUUUAGUUAGACCACAUUUGCCUAAUUAUGUUGUUGUCUGGGAUAAUGUCAGCUUCCACCGAACCAACAGUGUUAGGGACUGGUUUGCUGCACAUGAAAGGAUAACAGUGGAAUUACUUCCACCAUACUCUCCAUUCCUAAAUCCAAUAGAAGAGUUUUUUUCAGCAUGGAGGUGGAAAGUGUAUGAUCAUAGACCACAAAAUCAGAUUUCUUUGUUGGAUGCCAUGAAUGCUGCAUGUCUAGACCUUUCUUUUGACCAGCUUCUCAUCAGAAGCAGAAUCCCCAUUAAGGACAGACUGUUGUCAGCUCAAUGA